CUCAUAACACUUGUUUAUAUCUCUGUUUCCUUCAAUCACCAUUUUCCUCAUAGGGGGUGAAGAAAAAUUAAGAAGCAUUAUAAUUAAGCCAAAGUGGUCAUAGAUAUGGAGGGUCUUCUGCCUCUUGUUUACAAAGCAAUCAAGAGAAACAAAACACGACGGCAAUAUGAGUGUCUUUCAUCAGGAACCUCUCUAGGGUACAACAUCAGCAUGCCCGAGAUGUACCCUCAAACUCAGGACCAUGUCCUUCAGAAUCAGACACAUACCCAGAAAAUGUUUCACCACCCUGAAGAAGGUCACAAAGUUGGUCACAGGAGAUAUAACUCUGUUGAUGAUCAUUUCAAUUAUGGGUUCCAAUCUGCUCAGAUGAGAACAGGCGUUGAUGCUCCCUCUUCGAACAAACUUGUAAGGUUUAGGAGCCAGAGAAUGUUUUCAUGUAUCACUGGUGUUUAAGGUAUAUAUAUUAAUUUACAUAUCCUAUGAUAUUAAUUUUCCCAUAUGUCAUAUGUUGCACAAUGUUGUGGCCUUGAUUCAAAUGAUGUUGUGAUUCUUGAUUUGUUCCGUGCUUGGCUUGGUUAAUUAGUUCUGUACAUUGAAAGGUAGUAUUGUGCUUCUUUUUUUUUUUUUUGGGCGUCAAGAUUCUUUGGUUCAUCCUUGAGUCUUUGAAGCUCUCUACUUUGUUUAGGGGCAUGAAUUGUAAAGCUUAAUUUUUAAAAGGAAAAUAAUACAUUUUUCAA